CUACCUGAGGAGAAAUAUGUAAUUAGAGGAGAUACAGUUUCUGGAGAGGAAGCAGUAGGAGCAAGAAAAUCAACUUCAUCAGAGGCAGCAGCAGGAGUUUUGCAGACAAUGUCAAUAUAUUUACAUGGAUUUAAUGAAGGAUCAAAGAUAUCCAGGGAGGAAGUUGAGGAUCUUAUAAUCUGUAGUGGAGGACAAUUAUUAGGUUCAUUAAGCCCAAAUUUGACAAAUGCAAUCACAUUAACAUUGGGGGAAACAAUGGCAGAUGUUUCUGAGAAAGAUAAUAAGUACUUCUGCUGUAUUAAACAAAUCUAUGGUAUUUCAACGGCAACAUUGUCAUGGCUGAUGGAUUGUAUAGCUGAGCAGAAGCUUAAUUCACCAUCAGACUAUUUAGCUGCAAAUUAUUAUGGUGAAGAGGCUAAUGAAGACACACCGAAAAUUGAAGAAGACAUUGACUGGAUUCCGGGGAAAGAUGAUGGUGAUACUGGAGAGGAUGGUGAUGAAAUACAGUGUUAUAAAGAGGUUGAUGUCGAUGCUAAUGAUGACAGCGAGGAAAAUGUAGAAGAUCCAGACUGGAUUCCUGGAAAAAGUGAUGAUGAGGAUGAUGAGGAUGAUGAUGAUGAUGAUGAUGGAAAGAACAACAAAGAUAAUGAGAUAACAGAUACUGAAGUUCAAGAUGUUAUUUGUGCUGGAUUGCAUGGAAAGAACAAACAGGACAGUGCAGAAGACUGGAUACCUGGGACAAGUGAAGAUGAUGAUGAUGACGAGGAUGAAAAUGAAGUUGUCAUUCCCAAUAUUGGUGCUAACAACAAUAUUGUACUUCAAAUGACAAGAAAAACAACAAAGGGGCGUAGUGGGAAAAAAAAUAUUUGUUAUUAUUGCGAGAAACCAUAUAGUAGAAUUUCUAGACAUUUGAUUCAAGU